CGCUGUUGUACUUUGGACCCUGUCGUCAGAGUCAGGUGACAGAGAGCUACCGUAAGUGCAAAGGGACUAGCGGACGAAGGACUCGAAAAAAAAUCGGAUUCUCUUACAAAAUCUCAGACUUAGGUUCGGAGAAUGAGUUAUCCCCAGCAGCCUAGUGCCCCUGGCUACCCACCACAGGCGCCGGCCCAGCCUGCCUACCCACCCCCGGGAGCUUAUCCACCCCCGGGAGGAUACCAGCAGGCACCCCCACCCUACCAGGGUGGCCCUCCACCCGCACAGGGGUACGGCCCCGCCCCACCCUACGGCACAACCUACGUCACACAGCCGGUUGUACAGCAGAAAACAGUGUACGUGUAUGACCAGGAGGCCGCCCGGCGGGAGCGGGAGGCUCGCGAGGCGGAGGAGUGUGCCAUGUGUGCGCUGUGUCUGGCCUGCCUCUGCUGCUGUCUGGCGAACAACUGACACCGACAUCUACAGCUCGAGAACAAAUUUAACACUCUUGUCGUGCAUGAUCAAACGAAGUAAAGCAUCUGUUAAGUGAACAAAGUCUGGGAUAUAGGAGGCAGAUAUAAAAUGUUAUAGUGACGAGGUCAAACUAACAGAGAUGCACAUCAUUACUACUCAAAACAUUGUUAUAAAUACUUCUCAAUACAGUUGAAACUGAUAUCAGAGUUAUUAUGUUUUGUUUGUUGUAUACGCCACGUAUCUCAGUCUUGUACAAUGUCAAAAGUCAAGUCAUUCAGUAUAUUAAAAUUAAACCUAACAACUGACAUAAGAACAAAAUGUAUACACACAAUUACCGCUAAAUUUUCUCUAAAUGUCAAAACUUUACAUGAUUAUAUUUCUGACAUGUAGUUUAUCUAGCUUUCAUUGUCAUGCCAUGUUGUCCAGUCAUUUUAUUAUGCUAAUCUGUUGUUGCUAUGUAUGAUUGACCUACCCAUCUUAAGAUUUUGUAAAGUACCACGCUUUCAGGUACAUAGUUGAUUAAAAUGUUGAAUUAAAGAUUCAAUGAUCAA